AUGAAUGGAUCAAGAAGAAUAAGAUUCGGCGUCUCAGUCUUCUGCAUCAUCAUCAUUUUGAUAUCCGGGGUAUCUGCAGAUGGAGCGGAAAGUGAUAGUGCCGCGAAGAAAGAAGAGAAUCCAUCGAUUGUAAAGAUCAUAAGUGGGAUUUUUGGCAACAAGUUUCCUCCGAGUUCAUGGGAAUUGAUUCAAGGUGCAAUGCAGAAGAUCCAGAUGAAGCUUUACCCUCCAAAUCUAGAUUUCAGAAGCAACAGCGACAAAAGCAACAUAGAGGAAGAAGAUAAAGCAGAGAAAGUGAGAGAAGCAGCUACAAGGAGUCUAGAAGUAAGCAAAGAAGCCAUUGAAGAGUCUGCAAAACUAGCAGGAGAUGUUGUAGGUGAAGUAGUUCAGAAAACAGCUGAGAAAGUUACUAAACAAACCUCACAUGAUGAAAUGUAA